AUGUCGUUUCGGCAGGCGAAAAGACAACAAUUGGCAGAACGGCGCUCAGUGAGGCGAUGUUUGGCGGGAAAACGUUUGUCGUUGUGUCGUGUUGCGGCCUGUUGUUUUAUCACACAAACAAUUUUGAAGAUGAGCACAUACGAGAAUUACAACAACGCUUCUCAAGACUACGACAAGCAAAGAGUUGCUGUAGGAUAUGACGUAAUGGCGGCCAUGAUACAGUUCUACACUGGUAAACGCGCAGAGGAUUUAAAUGUAUUAGACGCUGGCUGUGGGACUGGCAAUUAUACAAAAGCUCUAAUCGAAAUUGGUGUUGGUCAGAUAAGUCUAUUGGAUGCAUCAUCUGGGAUGUUAGAGAAAGCAAGAGCUAAGCUCAGUGGCUAUAUGUCACGUGGUAUUGUAAGAGAUAUAGUUGAGGCAAAGAUGCCUCCAAUCCCAUUUCCUGAUGAUAGUUUCGAUGCUGUCAUGUUCAAUGUGGUGCUAAAUCACCUAGAUCAAGGAAAUCCAGCUUUUCCUAAGAGUGUGCAGACACUGAAGGAAUCCCGAAGAGUUUUACUGCCAAACGGCGUGGUAGUUGUAUCGACCAUGCUACCAUCAGCGUUUUCAAAAGUCAUGUGGUUUUCACAGAUUAAUGAAAAAUUAACAGAACGUUUUAUAGAAAAUAUUCUUCCAUCUGCAGAACAAUUUGAGAAAAUGUUUAAGGACGCUGGUAUCAGGUGCAUCCAGAAAAUGAAUAUAUUGGGAUCGGAUAUAUAUAAAAGCUAUUAUGAUAUAGAUGGUCCAUUAGACGAAGCCUGGAGAAGAACGAGUUCGUACUGGACUUUUGCAACAGAUGGCGAGCUUGAUGAGGUGGUACAGAAAGUUAAAGACUUGAAAGAAAAAGGACAACUUGAGAACUGGGUUAAAAAGCAUGAUCACUCUGAUACUUCGGGUAUCCUGACAAUAUAUAUCUGUAAACCGCUUUCUUCCGUCUGAAUAAGAAAAGUAUCAUUACUUGCACAAACAACAUCUGUAUAACAUGUUGAUUAUGUUUCUGAAAUGUAUACAAUGUAAUUACUAUGUGCAUGCAGAACAACAAGAACAAUAAAUUUCUUAUCUUAAACCAUCACUUAGAUUUAAAUUGCAUGUAUUAUUUCAAAAACAAUUAACUGUGAUUUUCUGAGCUUUGCACCGAAA